CAAUCAUUAACUUUGACAUUACUGUCAUUGUGAAAACUGUGUUUUGAAUUAAACGUUUACAUUAAUAUAAUUUUUAUUGCGUAUAAAUAAACAAAAUGGCACAUUGCUGUUCCCAGUGUGCCUUUACGUCACAAUUUGAAAGCGCAUUGAUAAUGCAUCGACAGCUGCACCACGGCGCGAAAGACACCUGUGCUGAUAUCCUCAAGUCUACAACUGCAAAGGCGUUACCGGAGAAACCACAGCCGCUCCCAAGAACUGCUCCGUUAAGUCCAACUUAUUCGCACAAAAGUAAAGGAAGCAAGCUGCUGGGUCGGACGUCAUCAGCGACGCGUCUCUUCGACAAGCUGCGUGCGCGCAUAUGCCGCAGUAGGACGCUGUUCUCCCAUCCCGAGGAGAACCUGGAUGCUACUCUACCAGAAAAUAAUGGUGAUGUGAAUGAGACGGUGAUAGGCAGUGACUGCACCUCAAAGGGUUUGAAAGCUCUCACCUCAUCGCCUGACUCCCGUACUUCUGAGAUAACGGUCCGGGAGACGAAGGAGACCUUCGGAUGCCACUUGUGCACAUUUGAUGCUGAUAGAAUAACAGUCCUAGACAGGCAUCUGCUAAAUGACCAUAAAAUUGGUUUAGAAAACCUACUAAAACUCGUCAUGGCGAAAACCAAAGAUGGUCUAUCAGAUGAAAUUGUUAACACUGCUAUAUUUGGCAUUAGACAAUCAUACUACAAGCCUCCAGAUGAAAUAAUAGAAGACGGAGAAUUCGUCAUAGAAACUGUAACGCCUAAAAUAAAGAUUUUAAAACAUGCGUCCACGAAUACGGAGUUACAGUGGUCAGAUAUACCCGAUUUGAAGGAUAAUUGUCGAAUGAUAUCUAAAGAGCUAGAGAAACUACUCAAUUAUCCCAUUGAGAAUUAUGACAAAGAUGAUCUUAUGGUUAAGAUGCAGACUCUUAAUGAUUGCAUGUGCAAAUUCGUUGAUUCCUCUAAUACUCUAAAGAAGGUGUUGACUAAAGAAUUUGAUACGAAGCAUUCGAUUCGCGAUCAUCUGAAUUUGGAUCAGCCGUUCUAUGAUUUGUGUUUGGGCGACAGUAGAAAUACGUCACGAGUGUGGGAGCGCGCCCACAGCGAGCAAAUGGAUAGAAACAGGAAUAAGUAUGGUGAAAACAGGAGACACCGGGACUCAUAUGUCUCCUUCUCGUGCGCGCAUGCUGCUCAUGAAUAUGAAUCCCGGUGCGAUUUGAAACUAUUACGAGCUUUUCUCGAAUAAUUCACAGACAAGAGAUUGGCCUCGGAGAGUUUUUACUUUUAAAUAUAAUUUGUGAACGAUUUUAAGAUACUUUAGAUAAUUAAACUGUUAUUUAUUAAUUCUUAUA